GCAAACACCAGGCAGCAAAAUGGGAGCUCCCUUGACACCAUUGCUGUACCUCUGCCUACUGCUGGUGCCAUGCCUUCUUCUCUUGGAAGAAGCACAUGCGCCGAGCCGCCAUGGAGGGAUCUCACUGAGGUCUCAACACAUGGCCCUCCUCCACUGGAAAGCUACACUUGCAAGCCUACCUCCGCAGAUGACGUCUUGGCAGGAAAACAUCAGCCCCUGCAACUGGACGGGCAUCAUGUGCACAGCUGUUCGCCAUGGCCGCCGCAGGCCCUGGGUGGUCACUGACAUCUCCCUGCCAGAUGCUGGCAUCCAUGGCACUCUUGGUGAGCUCAACUUCUCGGCUCUGCCAUUCCUCGCAUAUAUCAACCUUCAUAACAACAGUCUCUAUGGUGUACUGCCCGCUAGUAUCAGCUCCCUAUCACAACUAUCAUAUCUUGACCUCAGCUUCAACCAUCUCAAAGGGCAAAUUCCUUCUGAGAUUGGUGACCUGCAAAAUCUCAGGCAGCUUGGUCUCUCAUUUAACAGACUCACGGGACUGAUCCCAGCGUCUCUUGGCAAUCUAACAAUGUUAACUGAUCUUGUCAUUCACCAAAACAUGAUAUCAGGUCCCAUUCCUGAGGAGAUUGGAAGGCUUGUCAACCUACAAAUAAUACAACUAAGCAACAACACCUUAGGCGGUUUGAUACCAAAAACCCUUGGAAAUCUGACCCAAUUAAAUGAUUUGCUCCUAUUUGGUAAUCAACUUUCAGGGCAUAUACCCAAAGAACUAGGCAGGCUAGUCCAUUUGCAAAUUCUUGAUCUUAGUUCAAAUGAUUUUUCAGGUCCAAUUCCAAUCUCCAUUACCAAUCUCACUAACAUGAACCAACUUUUUCUCUUGGAAAAUGAAGUCACGGGUUUAAUACCCCCAGAACUAGGCAAUCUCAAUAUGUUAAACCGACUUCAUCUCAAGAGAAAUCAAAUAACAGGUCCAAUGCCCCCAGAACUAGCGAACCUCACAAUGCUCAAUGAACUUUCUCUCUAUGCAAAUCGAAUCACAGGUCCAAUACCUACAGAAUUGGGCAUCUUGCUGAAUCUCCAGGUGUUAGCCUUGUCCAGCAACCAAAUAUCUGGCUCUAUUCCUAAAAGCUUAGGAAAUAUUACCAAGCUAGUAACACUGCAACUCUUUGACAAUCAGAUAACUGGUUCAAUACCAAAAACUUUUGGGAAGUUGCAAAGCAUCCAACAUAUCCAAAUCUCUGGUAACAAAUUAUCAGGAUCUCUUCCUCGAGAAUUUGGAGAUCUCAUAAGCCUUGUUCAACUUGAUAUGUCUAACAACUCGCUUUCAGGACCUUUACCCGCAAAUAUAUGUUCAGGUGGCAGACUUCAAUAUCUCAAUGUCCUUUCUAAUAUGUUCAAUGGCCCAUUCCAAGGAGUUUAAAGACAUGUACAAGUUUGGUUCGAAUUUCCCU